CUCCUCCACCUCCACCCACUGCCUCCUCAAGCAACCCACUCAGCUCAUUACUAUCUAUGCUUCGUAAGAAAAAAGAUGUGAGCGCUGAAAUUGCAUUAGUGGAGAAGGACUCCUCUGAGAAAUCCCCAGAGAAAGACAUCAGACAGCAAGCUGUGGAUGAGAUGAUGCAGCGCAUCAAAAAAGGUGUUCAAUUGCGACGUGUUUCCCAGAAAACCAACAGAGCCAGACCAGGGCCGAAAGAAGGGACAAAUUGUGCCAUACUGGAACUUCAGGGAAUCCUGAACUCUGUGAAGCGUCCAGGCCCCUCCUCCUCGCCUGAGACACACCCUCCAUCACCAUCACAGAAGUCUGAGCUGGAGAAAGCCCUGGAGAGACGGAGGGGAGCACUGAAGGCUGCAAAGAACAACACGAAUUGCAGUACGGCCCUGGAUCUGCCCCAGAUUAAGCAAACCCAGUCAGAACCAGGCCAGAGCACAAGGGACCAGGUCCAGGACCAACCACAUCACGACAACAACAAUAUCCACUGAUCAACUCAGUCAGCCUUCAUAGGAGUUACAGGUUGUGAGUAUCUGCUCUUUUACG